AUGACAGGUAAAAAUGCAAAUAUCUAUUUCUCUGAGAAAACUUAUGAUAGACUUCGCCAAGUAGCGGGACCAAAAAUUAGCCGUUUUGUUAAUGAAGCAGUUGAGGAAAAAUUACAGAAAAAACAGCAAGAGCAGAAAGAGGAGUUAAGGCAAAAACUAAUUGCUGGUUAUCAGGCCAACGUGAAAAACAAGGAAUUGCAAAAGGAGUUAGAAAUUUACGACGAAGCAAUCGCAGACGGGUUAAUCGGAAUUCCUAUGACUACCAAGGAUGUUGAGAAUGUUCGGUUAGUUGAAGUCUUUGUCAAAAACACUCCGGAAACUGGCUUAGACUAUCCCAGCAAACUCCAACUCAAUUAUCCUCGCACAAUUGAUAAGGAAUUGCGUCUAAUUGAGAAGUUAGGAAUAGCUGACAAGGAGGUAAUGGAAAAAGCCGUAGAGGCUUGA